UUCACUCGGACGGGACCGGAGUCUCUUCCCUGUCAAAGCAAAACAGCAACCUCGUCACUGAUCAGAGAGAGAGAGAGAGAGACGGGCACGCCAUGAACGACCUGAGCGAAGAUGACAUGGCACUCAUCUCUCAGCUCUACCCUGGAGUGUACACGCGAUUAUCUCCUCCACAAGAGGCGAAGCCGCGGAGGAGGCGGAAGAAGAGCAGCAGAGGACCCGAGGGCGAGGGCGAGGGCGAGGGCGGGGGAGGAGGGGAAGGGGGACGGGGGAAGCGGAAGCUGAGCGCGGAGCAGGUGGAGCGCCUCGAGCGGAACUUCGGGGACGAGCACAAGCUCGAGUCGGAGCGGAAGGACAGGCUGGCGGCGGAGCUCGGGCUCGACCCGCGGCAGGUGGCGGUGUGGUUCCAGAACAGGAGGGCGCGGUGGAAGAGCAAGAAGCUGGAGGAGGAGUACGCCAAGCUGAAGUCCGUCCACGAGACCGCCGUGGUUGAGAAAUGCCGUCUCGAGUCUGAGGUUCUGAAGCUUAAGGAGCAACUUUCAGAGGCGGAGAUGGAGAUAAAGAGGCUCUCCAGCAGCAACAGCCCCUGCUCCUCGGCCACCAUUGAUGCUGCGGACAAUCCCUUUCGGGGAGAUUAUGGAGUUGCUGAGGAAUGCGAUGACCACCAAGAUGUGUUGUAUUACGCGCCACAGAAUGCUUACCUUCAAGGCAUGGAGUGGUUUAAUCUUUAUGUGUAGCGUGGUAUAGUGGUUAAUUAGUGGCAAAAUUAUUGCUCUAUAGGAUAUGUGUGGAUACUGACCGUCCACUGUAAAGUUUGUCUUCUAAUAAUUGACUUUUAGCUGUUGCAUUAAAAUA